AUGGAUGAGGACGAGGAUACGGUCAUGAGUGAUUCCCAUACUCUCCCCGCCUUACCUUCCAAUCCAUCUCUCACCCAAACUCUUCCCACACAUCUGACCCACCAACCUACCCCAACUCUUACACCCUCUUUCAUCCCCCAAGUUCCUGCAUCCCCAUCACCCGGCUCUGAUUUAUCUCAGCCCAGAGGUUCAGGAAUGGCUCCUCCUGAUCGUUUGGCCAAGGCCAGUGAUACUGGCAGCUCUUCUGCCGAUCAGUUCUUGAAACGUGAUAGCCUGGUUGAGUCGAACUCGGACUGGUCUGAUGAAGAAGACACGGCGAAGGCCGGUCUUCCUCUGGCAUCGCUUGCCACUGGUCUUUGCUAUGACCAUCGCAUGCGCUACCACUGUGAAGUCAACCCACAGAGUGAUGUUCAUCCAGAGGACCCCAGACGUAUCUAUUACAUCUACAAAGAACUUUGCCGCGCUGGUCUUGUCGAUGAUGAUGAAUCGUCUCGUCCUUUGGCGCCGAAAACUCUAGAGCGGAUCGCUGCUCGUGAUGCAACUGAAGAAGAAAUCACUCUUGUUCACACUGAUGCCCAUUACGCGUUUGUUCAAAGCACAAAAGAAAUGCCCAAUGAAGAACUGAUCAACCUGGAGAAAAGCCGCGAUUCUAUUUAUUUCAACAAAUUGACAUUUGCUUCGGCUCUACUAUCUGCCGGAGGCGCCAUCGAGACAUGCAUGGCUGUCGCCCAACGUCGGGUCAAGAACGCCAUAGCCGUUAUUCGUCCUCCUGGUCAUCAUGCCGAAGAUGACGCCGCGAUGGGAUUCUGUCUAUUCAACAACGUGUCGGUUGCAGCACGUGUCUGUCAAAAUAAGUUAGGAGACGCGUGCCGGAAGAUUAUGAUUCUCGACUGGGAUGUUCAUCAUGGCAACGGUAUUCAGAAGGCAUUCUACAACGAUCCUAAUAUUCUUUACGUUUCUAUUCACGUGUAUCAGGGCGGUGGGUUCUAUCCCGGUGGCCCGGCAGGAGAUUGGGAUCAAUGCGGUGUAGGCGCUGGAAUUGGAAAAAAUGUCAAUAUUCCCUGGCCUGACCAGGGCAUGGGCGAUGGUGACUACAUGUAUGCCUUCCAAGAAGUGGUGAUGCCCAUCGCCCAAGAAUUUGAUCCUGACUUGGUCAUCAUUGCGGCUGGCUUUGAUGCUGCCGCCGGUGAUGUCCUGGGUGGCUGCUUCGUCUCGCCAUCUUGCUAUGCUCAAAUGACUCACAUGCUUAUGACCCUUUCCCAUGGAAAGCUGGCUGUCUGCUUGGAAGGUGGAUACAACUUCAAGUCUAUCUCGAAGUCGGCUCUGGCCGUGACCAAGACCCUUAUGGGCGAACCUCCCGACCGCCUGCUGGAUAGUUCCCCCACGGAAUCUGCGAUUGCAACCGUCCACCGAGUCAGAAGUAUCCAGUCCCAGUAUUGGUCUCGUCUGUAUCCCAAGACAGCCACUCACCCUGUCUACGGAGACAGACUUCAUGAUGUCAUCCGCCUCUUCCAGUCCAAUCAGCUGUAUGAAAUCUGCAAGCUGACCCCCCUGCAUAUCUACCGCACCUCCAUCUCCAAAUCAUUUGAAAAACAGGUCUUGGCUAGUCCCAAUUACCACAAGGCCGUGCCACUUGUUGUCAUCUUCCAUGACCCGCCUGAGCUCAUGGGACAAACUCACCCCGUGUCUAAUAAAAUGGAAGCCCACAAUGUCUGGAUGGCUGAUUCUCUGAAGGAUUAUAUUAAGUGGAUCACGGAUAAGGAAUACGCAGUGAUUGAUGUGAACAUCCCCAAGCACGUCACCCGCCACGGAGAACCUGGCCGCUUCGCGGGAGAGGACGAAGAUCGCCCAACUGCCACCGAAGAACUGGCCGGAUACUUGUGGGACAACUACAUCGAUGCAAACCAAGCCACUGAGAUAUUCCUACUAGGCGUUGGCAAUGCCUUCUUCGGUGUUGUGAACUUGCUGAUCAACAGGGAAAACCUGUACAAGCGCGUCAACGCAGUCGUCUCGUUUGUGUCUGAAAGCCCUGUUCGCGCGGUCGCUUCCCACACCCAAACCUGGCUAUCAAAGUGGUAUCGUGAUCACUCCAUGGUGUUUGUUUCGAAUACCCACGGCGUCUGGUCUGCCUCCGGCCGUCCAUCGAAACGUUAUGGAAACCUCAUUCAAUCUCCCAAAUCGAGUCUGAAUGAAAUGCUCGACGAACAUAAGGAAGAGGUGUUCUCGUUUAUCUCCGAGCGGGCGGAUAAGGAAGAGUCUGACGCAGAGCAUUCUUGA